AUGGCCGAGUCUACACAGACAUCGACCCCUUUAGACUCAACCCCCGAUAACAGCGACAAAAUCGCACCCGCGAACGUCCAUCUCCCCCGCAUCUCAAUCCAAUUCUGCACACAGUGUCGAUGGAUGCUCCGUGCCGCAUAUUUCGCCCAAGAACUUCUCUCAACAUUCAGCACAGAUCUCGGUGAAGUAGCCCUCGUGCCUAAAACCGGUGGCGUGUUCACGGUGACGAUAUGGCAUGGUGCGGUGCUUGACGGGGAGAUCAGGACGCAGGAGAGUAUUCUCUGGGAUCGGAAGAGAGAUGGGGGUUUCCCUGAAGUCAAAGCGCUCAAGUCCCUUGUGCGGAAUGUUAUUGCUCCUGAUAGGGAUUUGGGACAUACGGAUCGGGCGUUGAAGAAGGAGAAGGGUGAACAGAAGGAGGCGAAGGGUGAACAGAAGGAGGCGAAGAAAGAGGAGGAGAAGAAAGAGGAGAGUAAGGAUAAGGCGAGUUGUGAGGAUUGUCAGUAA